CGUAUUGGCUGUGCGACGGUAGGAAGUGACGUAACCCACUCUUUCCGGUCCGCCGGAUUAUGAAUGAUUGCGGGGGCCGCAGUUUCCCUGGCGCGGUCUUCGUUGUUUCUCUCCUGGCUUCGUUGGCUGCGUGUGGCCCGCGGGCGAAGACUUCCUGAAGUGGCCUCGGGAAACCCGGCUCGGGCGGGGCUGGAAUGCGCUAGCGGUCCGUGUCACCCACACGCUCACGCACCCUCCCUGCCUGGCCGCGCCUCUGCGACCAGGGGCAUAAAACAAGCAGUAUGGAAGGACCAGCAUCAUCAAGCUUCUCAGAGCUAUCAUCCCCAGACAACUCUAGGUAACCCAAUGAAAGAAGAAAAUGAAAGGCAUUAAGAAAAGUCUUACAGAAGAAUAUCUAUACUUGGACCUUUCUCACCAAAAAGAAGGGUGCAUCUUUCCUCUUCAUACAUCUAUAACUUUAUUUUUGUUAUCAUACUGUGACUGCAAAAUCUUUAAAGUUUGCUUAGUCCUCACUGAAGAAAGCACAGGUAUUUCACUACUUAAAAAUGUACUGUCUGAGGAUGUUGAAAUACAGAUUAUUUCAAGGCAAGAGCUUCCACCAAUAGUCCAGAAUUGCUGUUUACCUGCAGUAGUAGAAAGACCAGACAAUUUCUGUAGAGCAGGACUUGCUGUUGUUCUGAGACACAUAAUCCAGAAAUCAUAUGAAGCAGACCCCUCAAAGAAGGAAAUUUUGGAACUUCUGGGUUUUAAGAAGACUUGCUUGAAAGCCUGUGCUGAAGUUAGUCAGUGGACCAGGCUAUGCGAACUUACCAUCCCUUUAGCUAUUGAGAAUUUUCUCAAAGAAUCUUCUGACCAGCCCCCAACUAUCCCUGCCGAAAUACUAGAGCUUGAGAAGAAGCUUAGUGAGCCCGUUAGGGUACAUAAUGAUGACAAACUCCGGCGGCAGAAGCUGAAGCAGCAGAAGGCUGCUGGGGUUAGGCCUUCCCUUGAUAAGGAAGAAACGAAGAGCAAGGUCCCUAGACAGGAAACGUCUGAAGAGGUGGACUGUUCAUCGGCGAGCCUGGAACUGAGAGUGGCAUUCUCAAAGCUCACAGUACGUGAGGAACCAGCUCCUGCCAACAAGGAGCCUGCUCACGUCAGAAAAGCGAGAGCCUCUGACCUUCCACCUCUGGACCAUGUGUUCGUAGAAGGCCUGUACUUCACUUUGGCAGAUAUUGUGCUCUUGCCCUGUAUCCAUCAUUUUUUGGUAAUUAUCUGCAAGAAACUUUCUGAAAAGCUGGUAGAAUUUCCACUGCUGGCUGCCUGGUACCAGAGAAUUCAGGAAGUGCCAAGAGUAAAAACAAUAGCUUCUCAGUGUGGGAUCCAAUUUCUCCAUUUACCAGAAUUACAGACCACCUCGAAUGAACAGCAGCCAAGCUUAGAUGAGGUCCCAUGUGUAGAGGAGCAAAAUGAUCCUUCAUUUAUAGGAGGACCAAGACCCACUAUGACUAAGUUAAUGGAAAAAGGCAUUGAAGUGAUGUUUUCUCCCCACCCUUGCCCUACUUGGACCCUUGAUUGGGAUACUCUUCCUGCAGCAGUGAGCCCAAAGGAAGGUAAAAUGUCCAGUGAUCGAGCUUUGAGGAAGCAGCAACAGUUAAACAACCUUGUUUAUGUGGUGACAAAUCAGGCCAAACCUGGUGACAGAAUUGUGGAUUUCUGCAGCGGCGGGGGCCAUGUUGGGAUUGUCCUUGCUCACAUGCUGCCAUCAUGCCAGGUUACAUUAAUAGAAAACAAGGAAUUAUCAUUAAUUCGUGCUAAGAAGAGAAGUGACGAACUAGGGUUAAGCAACAUUUGGUUCAUUCAAGCAAAUAUGGAGUAUUUUACAGGGACAUUUAAUAUUGGGGUGGCGUUGCAUGCUUGUGGAGUGGCAACAGACAUGGUGAUUGAGCACUGCAUCAAAACACGGGCUUCCUUUGUCACGUGCCCUUGCUGUUAUGGUUUCAUUCAGAACACCUCAAAGUUUAAUUUUCCAAAAAGUGAACAAUUCAAGAAAACUUUAUCAUACAAGGAACACAUGAUUCUAUGCAGAUUUGCAGAUCAGACAGCUGUCCAGCUUCCACCCCAACGAAGGCUCAUAGGAAAACAGUGCAUGUUCCUGGUGGAUCUGGAUCGAGCAAGAGCUGCUGAAGAAUGUGGCUACUCUAUUCAAGUGAUAUCCAUGGAACCAGAGAGCUGCUCUCCCAAAAAUAACAUGAUCGUGGGAGUCCCCAUGUAGCAUGAGAUAGUCCGCGUUUGAUGUUUUGCCAUCCGUCUCUGUGAUGAAAGCCCAGUGGCAUUCAGGAGGGUCUUGGCAUAACCAGGAGACAGCAUUAGCCAUCUUGAACCUAUUGUGCUCAGGAAAGAACACAGCAGGAAAGUCUUGGAGGAAGGCUGCCUGCAAAGCAUCACAAAUGCUCUUGUAAUUGUGAUUAAAGGACUGCUGGUUUUCAUAGUGAGAAUCCCCUGAAGCCUCAGCUGCCAGCAGACUGAUACUCACGAGAGGAGUUUCCAUUACUGGAAUAACGCUUUCUUUCUCAGUUCACAGCUUUUCUGAUCUUGCCAGUGUGGGGUUCAGUUCAAAAGAAUGUACUUGCAGCCUUAAAAUCAUUUAGAGAUUCAAGUGGAGACCAAAACUAGACUCCAGUGGGGUUUGUUGGUUUGUUUGUUUUUUAUAUUUUUAGCAAUUGUACUUUUUAAAUAAUUUUUUCAAAAAUCUAGUCAGAUAGUUACAGUAUGCUUAUAUUUUUAAGCCAGGGUGAGUUGGACUUAGGUAUCAUUUCAUAUACUCCUUUUAAAUAUAUUUCUCAUAAAUUACCAAAUAAGAUCAUUGAUGGUUCAAACAUUUUAUAUGAAGAUAUUAAAUAAUUUCAGUAAAUUUCCCAUUACGGGAACAUGUAAUUUGGACUUAAAUUCUAACUAAUCAGUAAAUACAUUGAUUUAUUAAUUCAAGACAAUAAAUAAUUGUUGCAGAUCCAUUAUUUUCAAAAUCCUGACCUAGAUUUGUCUAAGGAUACAAAGAUGAGUUGCAACAGACACAGUGCCUUGCCUGUAAAAGUAAAUCAUGUACAAGAGAAAGGUUCAUGAAUUAGUUAAGUUCUUUACAUCAUAAUAUAAUGUAUGGUCACAGGAUUUGUUUUUCAGAUACCAAUCAUUUUUUAUUUUUAUUUUUAUUUAUUUAUUUUUUUUUGGUAAAACGUACUGAGUAUAAAUUGCAGGUGGAAGGAGUUGAGUAUGGAAGCUUAUUUGAGUAGUUCUCUCCACCCAAAUUGUCCUUAUUCCACCAGCCAAAGUUUUUAAAACCAGAUGGCAGGUCUUUUCUCACAUGCUGCUAAUUAUUUUUUACAUGUCCUGGGUUAUUCCACUUGAGAUAAGAUUUAUUUCAUCAAUUUUGAUGUUUUCAACCCCCCGUAUGACACAUAUCAUGAGGAGAAAGGGCUUUAAUAAAUAACUCUUUCAUCACUGUGGAUUAAAAUACAGGAAUAAUUUAUAAAGGGGACGGGGGUUUGAACUCUUGCUUUCUGGGAUAAAAUUAAAGAAAAGAAUUAAGCAUCAGCCCUGAGUAUCUUAGUCAUUUGCACCUAUAAACAUACCAUGCUCUUUUAUCCAGGGCUUUCUUUUUCAACUGAGGAAAAAUUUACAGCCAAUAAAAUAGCAGACUUUAAGUGUUCAGUUUGAGAAGUUUUGACAACCGUAUAUACUCAUGCAACCACCACCAGAAAUAAGAUAUAGAAUAUUUCUGUCAGUCCAGAAAAUUCUCUCAUGUGCUUUCAGUUCAAUUUCCCCCACCCCAAAGGCAACCACUCUCUGAUUUCUAUCACCCUACAUUUGUUUUGCCUAUUUUUGUCCUUCACAUAAGUGAAGUCAUUUAGUAUAUAGUCUUUUGUGUCUGGCUUCUUUUGCUCAACAUGGUAUUUUUUGAGAAAUAUCCACUUCAUUGUGUGCAUCAAUGCUUUCUUCUUAUUCCUAAGUAGUAUUUCGUUAUAUAAAUAUAUCAAAAUGUGUUUAUCCAUUCUCCUAUUGGUAUUUAUUUGGAUUGUUUUCACUUUGAGGAUAUUAUGAAUAAGGUCUAUGAAUAUGCUUGUAUAAGUCUUUUUGUAGACAUAUAUUUUCAUUUCUCUUGGAUAAAUACCCAGUAGUAGAACUGCUGGGUCAUUGAAGAAAUGAAUGUCAGUUGCCAAACAAUUUUCCAAAGUUGUUGUACCAUGUUAUAUUCCCACCAGCAACGUAUAAAGGGUCUAGUUCUCUACAUCCUCA